CGCAGCGCAGCAAACGAGAUACAAGAAAAUAAAUAAAAAAAAGAGCAGCACCCAACCAAAAAAACAAAGCGCGGCGCUUGCUUCUUCCGGGUUCCAGCCACCUUGGGAGCGGCGCGUGCGCUGUCAGGUGCUUGAACCAGAGACCCACAAUCUUGCAAUGCAGACACAUCAUCCAAAUAGCCAGUCUGCGAUACAGAUUCGUAAUCUCCCAGAAAAACAGCUUGGAGCGGUAAUCUUUGGUUGCAAGCCUGAAACAAUUGAAGAAUGCUUGACAAAACAGCUCUUUGGUCUGCCUUCAAUCCAUUAUUCAUAUGUGAAGCAUGUCAAACCUGGCAUGCCUUUGUUCCUGUUCAAUUAUAUUGACAGAAGGCUCCAUGGUCUUUUUGAGGCUGCAAGUCCUGGUCAGAUGUCUAUUGAUCCAUAUGCUUGGAGUAAUGAGGACUCAUUAAAGACACCUUUUCCUGCUCAGGUUCGUGUUUGCACAAAGAUUAAGUAUCCACCAAUGCUGGAGAGUCGAUACAAAACUGUGCUUAGUAAAAACUAUUAUGACCGUCACCUCUUCUAUUUUGAGCUGGACCAUGCACAGGCAAAAGCUUUAAUUUCUCUGUUCAAAUCUCUUGCUCCUGCUAAUUUCAAUCGAGUUCCAGCUGUUUCAAGCAAACAGAGUAUUGUCCUGUCUUUAUCACCGAGUAAAAGGAAGACACCAGCUCUUCCUGACCCAAAGAAAGUCAAAGCAAAAUCGAAGGAUAUCAAUCCAUUUAGCAUUUUAUCAAAUGCAAGUGAUGGUGUACUAGAUAACUGGGCUGAUUCUGAUGUGGAAAAUGCAAGCGUCCGUGAAAAUUCACGCAGUGACACUGAUGAUAAGGAAUCUGGGGAGCCAGUUUCUGAUUGGGAAGAUUUGGAUGAUAAUGUUCUUCAAAACCAAUUUAGUCCUCAUUCAAAUCCAGAUGAGGUUAGUCAAAAUUCCUCAUACAAAACAGUUUGCCAAGGAAUGGAGCUAGCUGAAUGGAGUCAUGCAGUCAGUGAUCCUGUGAAUGGAGAAAGACACAAUGUUGAGGAAGGCAUGCUUGUGAACUUACAUAAUGAGCAUACGGAUGCUGGCAGUGUUGGCAAAAUAGAUAGUGAGGUUCACAAUAACUCAGAUAGCAUUGAGCUACAGCAUGAAAGGCAGACUAUCCUGAAAAAGCUGAAAGAGUUGUCUUUUAUACGACAGCAGGCGGCACUAUCUUCCCAGGAUCCUGUUGAUCCAUGUUCAGAUCAAUGUGUACCAGAAGGGAAACCAGUCAAUGCAAACUUUUCCUGUGACACAUUUGGUGCUACCCUGGAAGAUACAAUCUCUCCUGAGGAACGCCAUAGAGAUUAUGCUGAGAUCAUCGCUGAUUUAGCCAAGAGGGCCGAGGCCUUGGAGAAAAAGCAGAAUAUGUCAGAUCAAGAUAUACUUUUCCUGAGGGAAGUGGUUAAAGACUCAGGAAGGAAAGUACAGCAACUGGAAUACCUUGUAGAUGAGUUACAAUUCAAAUUUGACUCUUCGCUGUCUCAUCUUGGAAGCAUGUGCGAUAAUCUAACCAAGCCAUCAAUAUUCCUGAUCGGUGGCUAUAAUAGCGUGACCUGGUUAUCAUCUCUUGAUUCUUUUUCUCCUGAGAAAGACAUACUGGUGGGUCUCACACCAAUGAGUUCUGCACGCUCAUAUGCAUCUGCUGCUGCAUUGGAUGGCCACAUAUUUGCUUUUGGUGGUGGAGAUGGCAUGUCAUGGUACAACACAGUCGAAUGCUAUAGUUCAAGGAAUAACGAGUGGACGGAAUGCCCCUCGUUGAACCGGAAGAAAGGAAGUCUCGCUGGUACCAGUCUUAAUAGCAAAAUAUAUGCUAUUGGUGGAGGAGAUGGAAAUGAAACUUAUUCAGAAGUUGAGGUGUUUGAUCCAUAUCUUGGGAAAUGGAUAUGUGGUCCAUCUAUGCUUGUCUCUCGAUUUGCUCUUGGUGCGACCGAAUUGAAUGGUACCAUCUAUGCAGCUGGCGGAUAUGAUGGAAGCAUGUACUUACAAUCAGCAGAAAGGUAUGACCAAAGGGAGGGCGUCUGGGUCCGGCUUCCAAGCAUGAAUACAAGGAGAGGAUGCCACACCCUAACUGUCCUUGGAGAAAGCCUAUACGCAAUGGGAGGAUACAAUGGAGACAAGAUGGUGUCUUGCGUCGAGAUCUAUGACCCUCGCCUCAAUGCCUGGAGGAUGGGUGAUCCCAUGAGCUCCCCAAGAGGAUACGCUGCUGCAGUGAGUCUGGAUGGCAGCGUAUACCUGAUCGGCGGCCUGCAGUCCAAUGUGCAGAUCCUGGAUACCGUGGAAGUUUACAGCGUGAGCUCGGGAUGGUCAGCUCUCGGUUUCAGUUCACUCGGGAAGAGGACCUUUGCAUCUGCCGUCGUCAUGUAGCUACACUACAGAUCAGGAACUAAGUGUUCAUAACAUCAGGUUUAACAUAGUGCUGCCUUUCCCAUGUGGUCUUCGGGUUGUAAACAACAAAAAAAUCAGAGGAUGGCAUGAGAGGGGGUGGUCCGUGGAAUUGACCUCUGAACCCUCCUUGACAGUCUAGAACACACGCAUCCACCUCCUCGUGUGGUUGAACUUGGCUCUCAGUCUCGGAUAGCUAGUAGUACCCAAACUCAUGGAGUUCAAUACAACUAGAGAUUCUAGAAUGUUAUGUA